AUGCAAAAGAUGACAAAGGACCGACAGAAUAAGGCUCACGAAGUUGUGGAGGUGUGUUUUUGUUUUUCUGAUACCUACAUUAACUAUAGGUAUUUGAGGUUAAAAAUUUGAUUUUUUAAAGUUUUUUAAAAUUAUUUAGUUGCUUAAAUAAUUCUGUGCCCCUUCUCAAAGCGAAAUUUUAGAUUAGAAGGCACAGAACAACCUAUAAUUAAUAAUAAUUUUAAUUUUUAGCCUGAACAGCAAUUGCUAUGUGGGAAGAUAUUGCCCGGUGGCGAUAACUUCAUGAAGCAAUGUAUUAUAAGCAAGGUUCCAGAGAACAAACGACAGCCAAUUUACGACUUUUUCUCGGGAAAAUACGAGCUAAAAGUACCAUCACCAGCAGAUCUUGCGAGCUCAAACUUCAGGGCUUCAUCAAGAUGUUCAACUCCAGCUAGAAAACUCAGUGAUACAUCAAGGUAUAUCGUUACAUCAAGAAAUUCAUCUCCAUGCCCUACUUUAAUGAGAAGCAACGAUUUUAAUAUGCACUCACCUUUUUCUUCAUCAAGAGCUUCUCCAGGACCAUCUUUACCGUGUCCAACUUUGAUGAGAAGUGAUAUGGCUUUACAGUCAGUUGUGCCCCCAAGAGUGGAUUCGAGAACUUCAGAACAACGCCCAAGUCCAAUGGGAGGCUCAGCCUAUUUGAGAUACCGCUCGGAUAGCGGUGAUGUGGAAGAUGGACAAGAAAGUGUGGGUAUGGCUACAACUUCAAGUAAUGUGACUUCACCUGUGGAUAAUCAGCAGGUAAUGCAUUCUUGGGUGAAGGGGAGCGGGGCUUGGUCCCCCUGUGGAUUUUUCGACCCCCGCCUUCCGACCAAAAUUCUCUGCCCAACCCUGGCUGUAACUAUGUAUUGUAACUAACAAAACACGAUUACAUUAACAAAACUUAAGUAAACCUUGAUUUUAGCGAAGCUCCAUUCCGCUAUCAUCAUUGAUGAAGUUGGCAGUCUUUUGUAAUGAAAAGAACUUCUCGUACAAGUUCGACAACCAUGAUGUCAUCCUAACUCACGAUAUCACUCACAAGGAACUCCGAUGGCCGAUCACUAGAAUCAACUUUGAUCUCUAG